GCCCAGCAGUGCCACUCACCUGUGUCACCCAUCUGUAAGUGCCACCCAUCAGUGCUGCCCAGCAGUGCCACCCAGCAGUGCCCCUCAGUGCCACCUAUCAGUGCAGCAUCAUCAGUGCUAGCUCAUCAGUGCAGCCUAUCAAUGCCGCCUAUCAGUGCCCAUCAGUGCUGCCUAUCUGUGCCACCUCAUCAGUGCCCAUCAGUGCUGCCUAUCAGUGCAGCCUUAUCAACGCACAUCAGUGAAGGAGAAAAAUUACCCGUUUGCAAAAUUUUAUAAUAGAAGCAAAGAAAAACUUUGUUUUCAAAUUUUUCUGCUCUUUAUUUGUUUAUAG